AUGGCGGACCAGCGAGCACUCAACGGAUCGAUUGGGGGAGUGUCUGUUACAGUGACCGAGCUGCAACCUCAAUCGAAUCCAAAGAAAAGGGGCAGGAGAGACGACGAGGUCUCCUCACCAACAGCAGUAGAAUCUCUCCUGACCAACCCGGAAGGUUUGAAAUCACCAAUUGCCAGAGCUGUCUCGCCGCAACCUAGGACGAAAAGCCCGAGCACUGUUGCCCGACGCCCAUCGUUCGCUGCCAACGCCGACGGUUCCAUCCACUCACUACCAGAAAGCUCACCUUCCGUACCACCUUCCCUCCCUUCGGAUCCGGUAACGACGUCAGUGUCUCGUCCAUCAUCUGUCGAGUCCGGCGGGGUGUCCACUGGCUACCCUUACUCGAACUCCCUUCCGGUGUCCGGCUCCCCAACCGUCGACACCAGCGGCUUGGAUGAUAAUGCUAAACGGAAAAGUGCCAACUACCACGAUGAAGAAGAGCACCAGGCGGCCCUAACUCAGGCGGAAGAAGGCACCAUUGUCAUCGACAGCGACGACCAAGGUACCGAUGAUGGCUAUGAAACAGACGCCCAUACAGCCGCUUCCACAUCACUAGCUGAGAGUGUACGGGAUUAUGUGUGGGAGAACGGCCGCCGUUAUCAUCGUUUUCGUGAAGGGCGAUACAACUUCCCGAAUGACGAUAUUGAACAACAGCGUGAAGACAUGAAGCAUGCCAUGGUCAAACUGCUUUGCGGUAACCAACUAUACUUCGCGCCCAUUGGGGACAAUCCUCAUCAAAUCCUGGACAUUGGUACGGGCACCGGAAUUUGGGCCAUCGAAAUGGGUGACUUAUUCCCAAGCUCAAAUAUCCUCGGGAUCGAUCUAAGUCCCAUUCAGCCAGAAUGGAUACCCCCCAAUGUCCGCUUCAUGGUAGAUGACGUUGAGUGGCUCCAUCCCCGUAAUUACUUCGACUAUGUCCACAGCCGACAUACUGUGCAGGCCAUCCAAGACUGGCCGAAACUGAUGCGGCGGGUUCUUGAACACCUACGCCCAGGCGGCUGGUUUGAACUACAGGAGGUUUACCACUACCCCAUUUCGCAGAACAACUCGAUGUCGCCGGACCACCCAAUAGCGAAGUACUGGGGUCUGAUCAGCGAGGGCUUGGGCAGGCUGGGAGUCCCAUUCUUUGCGGUGGCCAAUGGGGGGUUGACCAACAUGAUGCGUGAAUGCGGCUUUGUUAACGUUACCGAACGCGUCCUACAGAUUCCGAUCGGCACGUGGCCCAAGAACAAGGUACUGAAGACGGUUGGGCUUUACUGGAGGACUAUCCUGCUGGACGGAAUCCAGGCUAUCGCGCUCGGCCCACUUACUCGGGGCCUCGGCUGGACCCGGGAGGAAGUGGAGUUAUUCCUGGUUGACGUGCGCAGAGCCUACCAGGACAACAGCAUAUUGGCUUACAUGCCGAUGCAUAUCAUUUAUGGGCAGAAGCCUCUGAACUACUAG